AUGAGCAGUGAACCCGCGCGUGUGCAAACGCGUUUGACGAAGGAGAGCGGACCCAAGGUGACGGGUGCCGCGAGUGAGUCGAAGAUCGGCGGUCCGUUCACUCUGACGCCCAAUCCUCCCUUCGUGGCGGCUCGUGUGGCCGUGUACGACCGCAUUAUGGCGGAGCAGAAGAAGCAGCAGGAGGAGCUGGCUGCUAAGCAAAACCCCAUCAAGAUUACGCUACCCGACGGCGCGGUGAAGGAGGGUAUAGCCUGGCAGACGACGCCGCUGGACGUGGCACUCGGGAUAUCGCAGGGCUUGGCUGACCAGGUCGUCGUGGCUCGCGUCACCUACCGUGGCAAGCCUGAGGACCCAUUCAGCGUCACGGCCGCUGACGUGGACGGUAACGAGGCCAGCGACAAGGCUGGCGAAUCCUGCUGCGGUGCCGUGGCUGACUCUAGCGAGCUCUGGGACGUUUUCCGCCCCCUUAUCGGCGACUGCAGACUGGAGCUGCUGAAGUUCAACGACGCGGAAGGCCGCAUGGUGUUCUGGCACUCGAGUGCCCACAUUCUAGGCGAGAGUUUGGAGACAAUCAAGGGCGCACACUUGACGAUUGGCCCCCCUGUAGAGGGAGGCUUUUACUAUGACUCGUACAUGGGAACGGAGACGAUCCCUGAGAGCGACUUGAGCGUCAUCGAAAAGGCCUGCCAGAAGGUCGUUAAGGACAAGCAGAAAUUCGAGCGUAUCGUGCUCAGCAAGGAGGAGGCACUCGAGAUGUUCGCUGACAACGUCUUCAAGACGCAGAUCAUUUCCACCAAGAUCCCUGAUGGAGGCAAGACCACGGCCUAUCGUUGCGGGCCCCUUAUCGACCUGUGCCGUGGGCCACACGUGCCUCAUACGGGCAAGAUCAAGGCUCUGGCAGUCACGCGUACGUCGAGCUCGCACUGGCUGGGCAAGACCACGAACGACGCUCUGCAGCGUGUGUAUGGCAUCUCGUUCCCAGACAAGAACAAAAUGAAGGAGUGGAAGCACUUCCAGGCUGAAGCUGCUAAGCGUGAUCACCGUCGUCUCGGUGUGAGUGAAGAGCUCUUUUUCUUCCACUCUCUGAGUCCUGGCAGCGGUUUCUGGCUGCCUCACGGUUCAGCCAUCUACUUCAAGCUGCUGAAGUUCAUUCGGGAGCAGUACCGUGCACGCGGAUAUACGGAGAUCAUCACUCCUAACAUCUACAACAUGGAGCUGUGGAACAUAUCGGGUCACGCGCAGCACUACAAGGAGAACAUGUUCGUAUUUGACGUCGAAGGUCAGGAGUACGCACUCAAGCCCAUGAACUGUCCGGCUGCGUCGCUGAUGUUCGACUUCCGUCAACGAUCGUAUCGUGAGCUUCCUAUUCGUCUCGCCGACUGUGGUGUACUACACCGCAACGAGUUGAGUGGUGCUUUAACGGGUCUGACACGUGUGCGUCGCUUCCAGCAGGAUGAUGCCCACAUUUUCUGCCGUGACGACCAGAUCAAGAAAGAGGUUCUGGACUUUCUCACCUUCAUGAAGUAUGUGUACGACGUGUUCGGUAUUGAGUUUAACUUGGAGCUGUCGACUCGACCUGAGAAGGCUAUGGGCGAGCUGGAGCAGUGGGAACGUGCUGAGACGCAGCUGGCUCAGGCUCUGGACGAGUUUGUGGGUGCUGGCAAGUGGGUGGUGAACCCGGGUGAUGGUGCUUUCUACGGUCCCAAGAUCGACAUUAUGAUUACGGACGCCCUGAAGCGUCAGCAUCAAUGUGCUACCGUGCAGCUCGACUUCCAGCUGCCGAUCCGCUUCAACCUGAAGUACCGUACGGAUGACGCCGAGAACUUCAAGCGCCCGGUGAUCAUCCACCGCGCUAUCUACGGAUCGCUGGAGCGAUUUGUGGCCGUGUUGGUGGAGCACUACGCUGGCAAGUUCCCGUUCUGGCUGUCGCCGCGUCAGAUCCUCAUCGUGACGGUGGGCGCUGCCUUCGUGGACUACGGCUACGAGGUCAAGGACGCUCUGUUCCGCGCUGGCUUUGAUGUGGAAAUUGAUGACUCGGGCAAGACGCUGAACAAGAAGAUCCGUGAAGGUCAGAUGGCUCACUACAAUUUCAUCCUGGUGGUGGGCGCGCACGAGAAGGAGACGCGCUCGGUCAACAUCCGUACGCGCGACAACAAGGUCAGGGGUACCAAGACGCUCGAGGAAGCAAUUUCCAUGUUCAAGGACCUGGAGGUAACGAAGGCGGCUGAUGAGUAA